GUUAAUUUUACUAUGGACAUAAGAACACAAGAACAUUGAUGAGGCUUACUUCUGCAGUGGAAUGGAGAAGGAAAUACUCCAGGAAACUGAGCAUGGUGCAGAAAGAGAUUCCACUCAGGCUGUCUGUGUUCAGAGCUCAAUCUGUGCUGAGUCCAGGGGGACUGUGAUCGCUCCCACACUGUGCAACAGCCACUUCUCAGCUCCAGUCAUCUUCAACUUCAACACGAGUGAUGCAGGCCGUGGAAAAGAACAUUCAAGGAUAUGUGAUGUGGUCAGGACCCCCAUGGACCCUCACAGAGCAGACACAAGAAAAAAGGAAGUUCGUGAUGAACUGAAGUCAUACACAACACAACGAUGCUCAAUGAUCUACGAAGGGACAUCUGAUGGAGGGGACAGCGUAGCUUUGACCGACAUCUACACAGAGCUCUAUAUUGUGGAAGGUCACACUGGGGGAGUCAGUCAUCAGCAUGAGGUGUGGCAGAUUGAAGCAAUGUCAAGGGCAAUUGCUGUGGGCACUCCAGUUGAGUUCUGCGACAUUUUCAAAGGUCCUUCAGACUCAGAAAAACUGAGGACGGUGCUGACUCUGGGUAUUGCAGGGGUGGGAAAGACGGUGUCCGUGCAGAAGUUCGCUGUUGAAUGGGCUGAAGGAAAAACCAAUGAGGAUAUAGAGUUUGUGUUCUUGAUACCAUUCAGAGAUUUGAACCCCAUCAUGGAGGAACAGUACAGCCUCUACAAGUUACUGUGUUACUUUUACCACCAGCUUGACCUGAGGAUCGAGGAUGUAGAGGCCCUCACUGGCAGUAAUGUCAUAUUCGUUUUUGAUGGUUUGGACGAGAGUUGUCUCACACUGAACUUUGGAUGCAAUAAAAUGGUGUGUGAUGUGACAGAGAUGUCAUCUGUUGACCUGCUGAUUGUCAAUCUUAUCAUUGGAAACAUGCUUCCAUCUGCUCGUAUUUGGAUAACCUCCCGGCCAGCUGCGGCGCAUCAAGUACCCAGUAAACACAUUGACCUUGUGACGGAAGUGCGAGGGUUUAGUGAUGACCAGAAAGAGGAAUACUUCAGGAAGAGGGUCAGCAAUCAGGAACAAGCCAGCAAAAUCAUCUCGCACAUUAAGAAAUCCAAGAGCCUUCACAUCAUGUGCCACAUCCCAGUCUUCUGUUGGGUAUCUGCAACCGUGCUUCAGCUCAUGUUAGACGAUGACGAUGAAGGAGAAGAAGCAGAUGGGCAAGAUGUGCCCACAACUCUGACAGGAAUGUACACAAACUUCAUGCUUUACCAAAUGGACCUGAAACUUCAGAAGUAUCCAGGGAGAACCUCUUGA